GCGCAGCCGGGACCACUCGGCAUCUGCUCCUGGCCACGGGCGACACCGGCUGUGCCAUGGCCACCUGCCCCGAGCUGCAGCCUGGGCAAGAGAUAAAGCGUUUCCUGAAGGAGGACUCGGACGAGGCUGAGCUGACCCAAUUCCUGCGGGAUUGCCCUCCGGCCGACAGCCCCAGGAAGGUGGAGACUCCGGAGGGCCGGCGGGAGCCCGGCCACCCCCUGGGCACUGCGGGCAGGGGCCCCGCCGAGGAAGCCACGGACGAGAGGGACUCCAGGAUCUUCUCCCGGUCCCGACCCCUGGAUACCCCGCAGUACAUCGCAGCCCCCCCGCCCCCCAGUCCCAACCGCCCGCGGAGCCCCUGGGGGCAGCUGGACCCCUACGACUCCUCCGAGGAUGACAAGGAGUACGUGGGCUUUGCCACCCUGCCCAACCAGGUGCAUCGCAAGUCGGUGAAGAAGGGCUUCGACUUCACCCUCAUGGUGGCAGGGGAAUCCGGGCUGGGCAAGUCCACGCUGGUGAACAGCCUGUUCCUGACGGACAUGUACAGGGACAGAAAGCUGCUGAACGCUGAAGAGCGCAUCACACAGACGGUGGAGAUCACCAAGCACGUGGUGGACAUCGAGGAGAAGGGGGUGAAGUUGCGCCUGACCAUCGUGGACACGCCGGGCUUCGGUGACGCCGUCAACAACACCGAGUGCUGGAAGCCCGUGGCCGACUACAUCGACCAGCAGUUUGAGCAGUAUUUCCGUGACGAAAGUGGCCUCAACCGGAAAAACAUCCAGGACAACCGUGUCCACUGCUGCAUCUACUUCAUCUCGCCCUUCGGCCACGGGCUCCGGCCCCUGGACGUGGAGUUCAUGAGGGCCCUGCACCAGCGCGUGAACAUCGUGCCGGUGCUGGCCAAGGCGGACACGCUGACCCCCGCCGAGGUGGAGCGCAUGAAGAACAAGAUCCGGGAGGAGAUCGACCACUACGGCAUCCGCAUCUACCAGUUCCCUGAGUGUGACUCGGACGAGGAUGAGGAGUUCAAGCUGCAGGACCAGGCACUGAAGGAGAGCAUCCCCUUCGCCGUCAUCGGGAGCAACACGGUGGUGGAGGCCAAGGGCCGGCGCGUCCGCGGGCGCCUCUACCCCUGGGGCAUCGUGGAAGUGGAGAACCCGUCCCACUGCGACUUCGUGAAGCUGCGGACGAUGCUGGUGAGGACCCACAUGCAGGACCUGAAGGACGUGACGAGGGAGACCCACUACGAGAACUACCGCACCCAGUGCAUCCAGAGCAUGACCCGCAUGGUGGUGAAGGAGAGGAACCGCAACAAGCUGACACGGGAGAGUGGGACAGACUUUCCCAUCCCCGUCAUCCCCCCAGUGCCAGAUGUGGAGACGGAGAAGCUCAUCCGGGAGAAGGAUGAGGAGCUGCGGCGGAUGCAGGAGAUGCUGCAGAAGAUCCAGAAGCAGAUGAAGGACUCACACUAGCCUCUUCCUCCGCCUCCUCCUCCUCCUCCUCCUCCUGCUCCUGGCCCCCGGAUCAGAAAUGUUUACAUCACGCUCCGCCCCGCCCGGCCCCGCCAGACUCGGUACCAACCGCACCCGCCACCUUAAAGCUGCUGCGGUAUCGCCUUAUCCACCGCCCAGCGCCACCCCAGGGGACAGCCGGGGACAGCCGGGGACAGCCGGGGACAGCCGGGGACAGCCCACCCGGCCCGGGGGUCCCCUGCCCCCGUGUCCCCCCGCCCCCGGGGACAGCUUUGUCCCCCAAGCUUUGGCUUUCCCUGUGUCCCCCCAGCUCUGGGCCAGCCCGCUCCCCCUGUCCCCGUGUCACCUCGGGCUCCUGCUCACAGCCUCGGCUCGGCCCUGGUUUAAGGGGAGAGGAAACGGGGGCACUGGUGCCGGCCCCCCCAGCUGCCCCGCCGUGGGGGACAGGGCUGCUUGUUGCCUUGGCACGGAGGGACAGCAGCUCCCGGGGGGCACAGGGGACCCAGGGGAUGGAGGGACAGCCACCACCCUGCUCCGUGUGCAGGGGGACUGAACUUGUCAGUGUCCAGCCCUGUGUCCUCACCCUGUCCCCACGGAGUGACACCAGGAAUCCCGGACCCCGGGGAAAGUCCCUUGAACCCCAAAUCAGAGGUCGGGUCCCCAGCCCGGCUCCCCCUGGCUGUUGGCCCUGUAAAGCAAUAAUGACAGUCCUGUGGCACCUCCCACCCCAUGGCAACGCCGUUGUCCCUGCCGGUAUUUUGGCCCGUGGUGCCACUUGCUUGUCUGUGGUGUCCCUGUGUGCCCAGGAUGUCCCUGCCCCUGCUGCUUCCUGGCAGAGCAGCCCUGUGUGUUCUCCAAGGAUGUCCCCAUCCAUGUUGCUUCUCAGUGAAGCACUGCUGUGUGUCCCCAUGUUCCCCUGUGAUGUCCCCAUGUUCCCCUGUGAUGUCCCCAUGUUCCCCCACGAUGUCCCCGUGUUCCCCUGUGAUGUCCCCCUCGGUGUUGCUGCCCUCGGGAGCACUGCAGCUUGUCCCCCCCAGGCCGUCCCCAUCCGUGUUGUGUUCCCCCAGAGCACUGUGCUGCAUCCCUGUGUCCCCCCCAGGAUGUCCCCCCCACCGUGUUCCCGCCCUGCAGGGCACUGUGUUGUGUCCCUGUGUCCCCCCAGGAUGUCACCAGCUGUGUUGCUUCCCGACAAAGCCCCGCUGUGUGUCCCCAGGGGGAGCCUGGCCCACACCUCCCGGUGUCCCUGGGGACUGGAUCCCAACCCCUUCAGCUCCUGCUCCCUCCUGGCUCCGGGGAAGGACAAAAGGGGCUGGUGAGGCAGAACUGGGAGCAGUGGGAUCACUGGGAGCUCGCUGGCAGGGGGGUGCGUCCUGUCCCCGCCAGGGCCACCCAAGGUGGGGUCCCCCAGGUGGGUUCACCCCUGGUGGGGGCUGUGCCCGGCCGAGGCUCGGGGUGGGUCUCCAGGCACGUGCCCCCCGUGUCCCUGUGCCAGCCAGGGGUUCCCCGUGGGCAGGGCCCCCCCGGGCAGGGCCCCGCAGGGUGUAUUAGUGCUUUCCUUUUUUUAAUCUCGCUAUUUUCUUACAGAAGCCCCUCCUCCCUUGGCAUGACGGUCCUAGAGGCGUUUGUUAACGGAUAUAAGCAGAGUAUAGGUUUAUAAAUUCUUAUAGAGUUAGUGGAAAUAUUUUUAUCCCUCCACAACUGUUCUCAAUAAAUAACGGCUGACCCGG